AUGUCGAUGCAGUCGAUGAAUUCCCGCCGGCAAGGUCAACGAUAUCGACGCAUCCAUGUCCUUACUGGGCCGAUGGCCAGGAUGGUGCAGCCAAUCCCCGCGUCCUCUUCCAUCCAUCCUUACGACCACCUCUUCGACGAUUACCUCUUCGAUGAUGAUCUGUUCGACGACGAUGAUUAUCUGGCGGCGGCCCCCGCUCAUCGCAGCAGCAGCAGCAAGCGUUCUCGCGUCGCUGCCACUAGCGAGGAGGCCAUCCUGAGCCCCCAGGAGGUGACAGGUCGUUCUCGCUCGGGGUCGGGGGAGGAGUGCGCCGUCUGCCUGCAAGACUUCCGCGCCGACGAGAUGCUGAGGGCGAUGCCCUGCUCCCACGCUUUCCACCAACACUGCAUCUCGGAGUGGCUCCGCCGCAACGUCGUCUGCCCUCUCUGUCGCCGCCGGCUGCCCGACGAGGAGGACAAGCAGAGGAGGAGGAUCUAG